AAUUGUACAGAUUAUCAAAAUAUUUUAUAAAUAAAGUAUAUCUGAAAUAAAAAAGUGAGACUGUGUUUUAAUAAAGACAGGCGCUAGAAAUAAUCCAUAAGGCCCUUUGGAAGCCAAAUUUCCCAGAUCAGGAGAGGAGUGGGAGAGAAGAGUUACUAUUUGCAGGAGCCAGCUUCCGAUACCUUUGGAAAUUGUAUUAUUGAUUAUUCACAUAUUAUUAACUCUCUAUUAAACAGAUUUUUCAGAAUAUCAGCUCAUUUACAAAGCCAUGCAUAGAAUGUUGUCCAUCAUAACCGGAUAAGCAAAAUACUCCGUCUCAAUUCCCACAAAAGUCGUACAGUGUGUUGAAUUUCUCCACAUCUGAGCAGCAAGUAUCCUAGGCAUGUGCUGUCUGCGUUCUUCUCGUAUUUUGUCAUGUUGUGUGAUACGUGCUGCUACUUUGCUCUUUGCUAUUGUCACCGCUUUUAUCGAAUAGUUGACUGCCGUAAAAAUGUAAAAAAACCCCUGGCUUCCGCAUGGCGCAGUCCCCUGCUGUCCAUGAUGGAUGAGUGAAGUGAGAAUGGUCAAGACUGAGAUUGUAGCUCCUGCACAGAGACGCCAGUGUCUAACACUCCCCCUGCAGGAAUAUUACUCAACGUGCCUGUGCCUGUGGGAGCAGCUCCUCUUGUCUGCAGCAGUUCACUGACAAUAACACCAGCAGCAAUGAAUGCAGUCAGCUUUUGUCGCGGCUAUUGAACUGUCGCCUUCGUGCCAGCGAACGUGUUGAGAAUGAAACCCCCGGGCGGCAUCUUCGUGUCUGUUUUUCUUUUCGCUGCAGAGUUGGUCGCAGCCCUGUAUCUCAGCAGCACGUACCGAUCUGCCGGGGACAGGAUCUGGCAGGGGCUCACACUGGUCUUCGUGCUGGUGCCGUCAAUCCUGGUGCAGUUUACUCUAACCUUCGUGCACCGGGAUGUGAGCAGGGAUAGACCCCUGGUGCUGUUCCUACAUCUGUUACAGCUGGGACCGUUCGUCAGGUGCCUUGAAGCAUUAUGUAUUUACCUAAAUGUUGGUAGAGUUGAAGAACCUUAUGUCAGUAUUACCAAAAAGAAGCAGAUGAGAAAAAAUGGCUACUCCGAAGAAAUUGAGAAGGAAGUGGGUCAAGCUGAAGGCAAAAUGUUCACACACAGAGCAGCUUUUAACCGGACUUCAGUGAUUCAGGCUUUCAUAGGCUCUGCACCCCAACUUACCCUCCAGCUCUAUGUCAGUGUAAAGGAACAGUUUGUAACACCUGGUAGAGGAGUACUAAUGGUUAUUUCUCUACUUACCAUUGUAUAUGGAGCCUUGCGGUGCAAUAUCCUCGCUAUCAAAAUCAAGUAUGAUGAAUAUGAGAUACAUGUGAAGCCUGCAGCCUACAUCUGCAUAUUUCUGUGGAGAAGUUUUGAGAUUGCAACCAGAGUUGUUGUUUUGGUCCUUUUUAGCUCUGUGUUGCAGAUAUGGAUCCUUCCUGUAGUUCUCUUGAACUUUUUUACAUUCUUUUUCUAUCCAUGGGUAUUAUUCUGGAAUAGUAAAUCACCUUUCCCUGAGAACAUUGAGAAAACAUUUACAAGAGUAGGUACAACAAUAGUAUUAUGUUGUCUUACAUUCCUCUAUGCCGGCGUUAAUAUGUUCUGUUGGUCAGCAGUUCAACUCAAGCUAAAUGAUCCGGACUUAAUUAAUAAGUCUCAGAAUUGGUACAGACUAGCAGUGUACUAUAUGUUAAGAUUCAUUGAAAAUGCUGUUCUUAUUCUCUUAUGGUACAUCUACAAAACUGAUAUAUAUACCUAUAUAUGUGCUCCUUUGUUGGUUAUGCAGUUGUUAAUUGGAUACUGCAUUGCAAUAUUUUUUAUGCUGGUCUUUUACCAGUUUUGCCACCCAUGUAAAAAACUUUUCACCUCCAGUAUUUCUGAAAGAUUAUUAGCUUGCAUCCAUUUUGUUUUUCACUGCCAUUGUCACAAAUCCUCUGAACCUGUAGAAAGAGCUGUCUUAGAACCCAAUAAUGCCAAUGACCAUGAACAGGGUGCUCAACCUAACCCUAAGUCUCAAGAUUAGAAGAACCUUCAAAAAACAAUAGUAAUUGCACAUUGUUCUCAUUUUUGUGUACUCACCCAGUUUGUUUGGAUACAAUUUUCACGUUAAUUUCAAAGCUUGUCUUCAGAUGAAUUUUGCAGCUUAAAAUUCCAAAGAAAGCUGAUUGAGUUGCAAUGCUUAAGGAUCAAUCUGCAAUUAAUUUCAGUGAGACAUGACAGUAACCUUAACAAAAAUAGGUUUCCAGCAUGAAGAACUUGGCAGGAGAACAUAGCAAGUAGUCUGACUUCAUGGGAUUUUUAUUCCAUUCAUUUUAAUGACUGGAAAUUAACUUUCUAAUAUGUACUUCCAGUGGGUGAAGUUUGUCCUGUUAACAAUGCAGUACCAAAUAAAGUGCCAUUUCUCGUUGCUGCUUUUAACUCAUUAGCUUUGUAUUGUACAGAUUCUUGAGUGUGCAUUACUGAAGUGGAAUUGGAGAUGAACAGACUUGAAAUAUCAUCCCUUCUUGCGCACUCUGCCAAUUUGAAUAAGUUGCAGCAAUCACUUUUUUUUUUCAAUUUGUAUUUAUCUUCAAUUUAUACAGUGGAGUUUAAUGGUUUCUUUGAAUGGAAAUCUCAUUCACUUUGAAACUACUUGUGAUAAUAGCAGUGUUAAUCCAUUCAUUGGAAUAUUCUCUUUCUACUAUUUGAAAAUAAGCCUUACUCUUUAUAAUCAAGUAGUUAAAUACUCAGCAUUGGAAAACUGUACAACUACAAUACCAUAAAUAAUUCCCAAAUGUUGACCUCCUGUUAAAUGUCCUGCAAAUGUUGCUACAUAAGUUUUGGUGUAAAAAGAUCCAGUAUGAUUUUAAAAUUAUUCAGUGAUCAUUAUUCAAUGUCAUAUUUUGAAAUUUUAUCAGAAUUCAAACAGUAAGAAUAACACUUCUUAUCCACAAAUCCAUGACUAGAAAAUAAGCUGUGAUACAAUCUUGAAAGCCUCUGAUUUGUUCAAAAUUAACUUCAAAACAGUUAAAUGCCUGUUUAGCUAUUCUCAGAUCUUAUCAAUUGAACCAAGACAGAUUUUGGAAUACUGAACUUCUUUUAAAGGGGUACCUCUAUCCUGCUGCAUAGCUUUUAAAAGCUUUAUUUUUCUCUCACUCUAUUUUCUCCAGUCUCCCUUUUUAAAGGGAAUUAAAUCCCUUUUUUGUGGUUCUUUGGGCAGGUGUCACUUUCUUUACUAUAAAAUGAUAAGGAUUCACAUGUAAGUCUUAAUAAUGAGAGUAAAUAGGGAUUCAGUGUGAAAACUAAGCCCAGUCCUACUUUCAUUUGACAUUAAUGCAUGCAUUGUUUCAGAAAAAAAGCAGUGAAUCAUGGUAAGGAAUGUGCUGUAUAUUUGAAAAAAAAUUCCAUCCCAUCUUCCAAAAUUCACUUCACAAGUAUACCUUACCUCCCUUCGUUCUAGUGCCAACACUCCUUCAGGUGCUAAGGAUCAAUGGAUCUCUGAAUUUUUCCCCACUAACUCUGCCCUAUCAAAACUCUUUAUGAGAUGGAUUUAGACUUACUCGUUAUUCUAAUAACACAGCUUGUUUAAGGAAAAUCCUUGUUAGUGCAGGGUCUACAUAGUCGAUUGGAAGGAAGGCACUUGAUGGGCUGAAUUAACUUUUUACAUUUUAAUAUGAUGUUCCUGAAUCACAUGCUAAGCUUGUCAUACAUGAAUUAACAUGAAAUGUAGAGCUUCCUAAUUAUUCACUGCAACUUGAGAUGUAAUACACCUCAGUUAAUCUAUCUAUUGUUAAAAAUAAUGAAUUUGUAUACUUGUUUGGCAAUGAUAAUCACAGCUAUAUGGUUACUUGGUAGCAAAGUAGAAGUAGGAUUUUUGAAUCAAGUAGUGCACUAUAACCUGUUAGACAUACUCAUUAAAUUGCGAAACCCCAUUGUAGCAUUCAAGUGCUAAACAUCAACGUACAGGCAAGCAAUGUCUAAAAAGUAAUGAAAGCUCUGUAACUUCAGUGUGUGAUGGUCAGGAUGACAAAAAAGUACAAUUAAUCGACUUGUAAAUUAGAUGUAUCUAUUUCUUUUGGAACACUAUAGAAGAAAAAUUAACUGCUUCACAAUUUAAGAUCCUUCACUCAACUUGGGGAUUUCCACAGUAAACUGUUUGGUAUCACUGCCAAUUUAUAUGAUUUCGGUUUUUGAGAGAAAUGCCAGUGAAAAAUAUCUAAUAUGGACAUGAAGAACAAUACUAAAAAUCUGACCACCCAAUAAUUGACAAUCUUGACAGGUCAUCACAUUUUGUUUGGUUUAAUUCACCCUGUGAAUUGUGUCUCCUGAAUUAGGUUUUAUACCACAAACAGCUGGGUAAAAUGCUCCUUUCCUACCCUAACUCUAGUAUAAGGAAAAACUGACACAAGUAGUUCUUCACUUGAGGCUAGGAUUGGGCUAGCGAGUUUGAAUAAAUCACAGAAAACAAUUUUCUGGGGAAAAGUGUUUCAAAAUUUGGCACAUUAAUUACAGUAGUACUGCAAUUUUCAGUGAAAAGUAUUUAUAGAUGUAAGUGACUACAAUCUUUAUGGAAUGUGCAUAAUGUAAUAACUACUUGAAAAAAAUCAUUUUAACAGUGUGUUGAUAAGAUGCAAUUAUGAACGUAUUCUUAAAAGACAUUGAGAAAAUAAACAAUUUCAAAGACAAAUGCAGAAUCUUGUAAAUAUUUGCUAUGGAUAGACCAGUCACAAACAUUAAAUGAAGUUUGCAUAUAAUAAUAGUUUUAUUUAAUAUAUUGUCUUGUGUUUCCAAUGGAACUGAAAGCAGUUGCUCCGUUUUACAGAUAUUUGAUGAC